UUUUAAACUAUGAACAUUAAACAAGGGAUCCAGAAAUAUUUAGACAAUUACUCUGGCAAAAAGAUCAUUGGGGAAGAAAUUGUUCCAUUCAAAGCACUUGUUCUGGAAAUACCUGGACUUAUAAUUUCUGAUGGUGAAUAUAAAAUACCUGCUAUUUAUUCUGAAGAGUGUAGAGAGGAAUUUCAAAAGAAGUUUGAGUACCUCACUUUGUCAGAGCUUAGAGGUAUGAACAUAAUGAUUAACAAUUAUGAGUACAUCCUUCAUGAUACUAAGAUUGAUAGCUGUGAAUCUUAUAAAGGAAUGUGCCUUAAGGUCAUCAUACACUCCUUGAAGCCAUUGCCUAACGAAGCUCCUUUGAAUGGCGCGGGAAAAGAUAUUUUACACAAUAAAUUUGUGAAGGCGGGACUAGAGAAAUAUAAAUAUAAAACCAUGCAAUCAAUCCUUAUGGAAUCUGAAAACUUUGAAUACCCAAUGGAAUCUCAUGAUCAAUCACAAAGUGUUCAGAUGAGAAUCGAGAGUGAACAGUCUAGGAUUUCAGCUAUAACCAGUAAUAUGUCUUCCUUAAUAGCGGUUUUCGAUCAUAAGAUGGAAAUUUCGCACAAGAGAGAACAGGAGGAAGUCAAUGAAGAACAAAAACAGAUGAUUGACUCCAUUUACAACCUAAACUCAGGUAGAUACCUAGAAGAUGAGACCAGAGAUGAGUCUCUUUUCCAAAAAGAAACCCAUUUGGAAGAGUUCACUUUUUCAAGACUUAUUAACCCCAAGAGGGAGGAAGAGGUUUCAAAUUACAUUAAGCUUAAUGAAGUCUAUAUUAAAGAAAUGGACAUUGAAGAUAAGAGACAGUGCAAAAUGAAGGAAGAAAGCCAAAAGUUUGAGAAUAGGCAAAAGGCUCUGAAAUUAUCUUCAAAAGACCAUGUUGUGCAAAGAAUUAACAAAAUGAUGAACAAGCCGAGUGAGAGUAAUGUCCAUCAGAGAGGCAAUAUCGAUCUAAGUAACACUUAUGUGAUCAAAGAAGGAAUCAAACAAGUUAUUGAGAAUGAGAAAUUGAAGAUAAAUGAUGAAAGCGACCAAGAAGAAGAAAAUUCAGAUCCUUCUCACUAUUCUAAAAAGAGAAAUGAAUUGAAGUCCACAGAUGAAGAGGAGAAAGGAGAGACUGGUUCUAUACUUGGGAUUUCUGAAUUGAAGAGUUAUCUAGAGUGGUAUUACCUUAAAAAGCAUAAUCAGGAAGAGAACACCUUGCCUGAAGAAUGCUCUAACCCUCCUGAUGGCAAGACUAUGUACAACGCAAAUACUAAACCAUGCUCUGGGGUUAUUGAUCCUAAAUCUAUGACAAAGGACUAUCAGGAAAAGGAGAAUAUAUCGGAAAAUAUUCAGCCUAUUAAGACGGUGGCUGCUCCGAAAAAUCCUUUUGCAAGUUUUGAAAGUUCUUUUGCAAAGAAUAAUCUUUCUGGCAUUAAAAGGAAUGCAGGAUUUGAAAGUAUCAGCAAUAAACUUUUGAACAGAGCUUAUAAGCGAAAGUGUUUAGGUCAGGAAUCUGAAGAUAGACUGGCUGAACUUUUCAGAGAGAAAAUACAUUAUAGGAGAAAUAAGAAUCUUAAGUACCGAGAUGACGCUGAAGAUAUAGAUGAAAAUGAGCCAAAACCUGACCUUUCAAGAAUCGAAGAGCAAGAUGAGGAGGAAAGCAAGCAAGAAAUUCAAGUGUCGGAUACUAGUUUCCCUAAUAUUUUAAACAGAGACACUUUACUCAGAAAUGAAGAGGAUCUACAAGACAGCAGUAAUCAAGGAGCAUCUAUUCACGAAGCUUCUCUUGAUGUAAACACCCCAAUGCGCUCUGAAAUCUCAAGCCAGGCUUUGAACUCUUCAAUGUAUUCUCAGGCUGGGAAGAGAUCUAUGAAAUCCUCAAAAUAUUGUGGUAAGAAGAGAACAUUGGAAAACAAGAGAAAUAGGAAAUAUACCAAAAUAAGCGUGCAUGAGAAGUUGGCAAACAGUAUCUAUUUCUCAAAAUAAUUUUGUGUGGAGACACUGUGCUUUUCGUUCAAUAAA